AAUACUGGGUUAGCCACAUCACCAAGGCCCACAUCAGUGACUUGCGCCUCAACGCUUUGCGCAGAGGGAACUUAUUGUGAAGACAUCGACGGAAGACCUCAGUGCCUGAAGAUUCCAGCAUGUGGCGCUAAUGAGGAAUUUCGACAAUGUGCGUCAUGUGAGCCAACAUGUGGUCCUAUCGUGCCUUGCGUUCCUCUCUGCUUCCCGCCCGCCUGCCAAUGUGUCGGCGGCUAUGUUCGUGACAAUGGAAAAUGUAUCAGAAGGACGGACUGUACGGCAACUAAAUUCCAGGAAAAAUCUAGACAAUUGUUUGGGAUUAACCCACAUGAGAUAAAAAUAGCUGCU